AUGGGUGCAGCAACAACCUUGGCUCCCGACUCGUUUUUACAUGGUGUUCCAGGCAUCAGACCUGUCAUUAUUGGUCUCGUUUGUGCGUUCGUUUUGACCAAAAGCGGUCGCAAGCUUGCUGCUCAUGUCAUUUUGGGUAACAUCCGUAAAUCCUUGUUGCUUUUACCAUUACGAGCCCGUUGCCAAAUCAUCAAGCGGAUCUUUACACUUUCUAUAUCUCAUGGUCGUCGUGCCAUGAAUCAAUCUACACAUCCCUUUGGUUACCAGUGGGACACGAUCAUCAAAGUCGAUCGCGGCGAGGUUCAAGGACACUGGAUCAUCCCCAAAGCCAAUGAACAUGGUGGUCUCAAAUGGGCCGAAAGUACAGCCAACGAUGCCGACUUAGUCAUCAUGUAUGUUCACGGCGGUGGAUUUAGACUUGGAAACUCGUUAAUGUACAUGUCAUCCUUCUUGCAUAUGAUUGAUCGAUUGGAAAAGGUUCAUGGUGUUCGUGCCCGCAUAUUCAGUGUCGAGUAUCGCAUGUACCCUGAACAACAAUGGCCUGUAUCUCGUCAAGAUUGUGAAAAGGCAUACUCAUACCUUGUGCGUGAUUUGCAGUUGGAUCCAUCCAAGAUCAUCAUUGGUGGUGAUAGUGCUGGUGGUCACGUGACAGCGACUUUGUUAUUAAGCAUCCGUGAUCAAUUGCAAUCCAAGGAGGUGGUAUCAAUGAGCUCGAUUGCACGUCUCCCAUUGCCUAUGCCUAAAGGUGCUGUGAUGAUUUCACCAUGGGCAAACAUGGAAUCUACGUCGCCAACCUACACCACGAAUGCAUCCAAGGAUUGUCUUCCAUUCAAACCAGGGGAUCGUCAUGGCUGGUUAUUCCCCAACUUUGAUACCAUGAGCAAGGAUGAGCAAGAUGCAUUCCUUAAAGAUCCCUACGUCUCUCCAAUGUAUGGCAAUUAUGAAGGCGUGUGCCCUGUUCUUGUAACCGUCGGUGGCGAAGAAGUCUUUGCUCAUGACAUUGAGCAGCUCAUUGAACGACUCAAGGAAAACAAGGUCAAGGUCGAUGUUGUCAGCCGUCAUGACACUGUUCACAUCUGGGCCAUUGAGCGCUUCUUGGCACAAAACGAAAAGAUUUGGUUGGAAGGUAUCAAUAAGAUUAUCGAUUGGUGUGCUUCGGCUAUUCAUCAAUAA